CAGACUCGGCCGUGAUUCCCACAAAAAUAUAGAACCUUCUUCAAACAGACAAAGCUGGUGGGGGACUACAGCCUGGGACAGAUUGAAGAUGUCUGAGAAGAUGCCCGCCAGCUGGUCAGCCCACACUCUGAAGAGGAGGCCAGGGAUGCCAUCUGGGCCAGAGGCUUUAGUCCAUACCACCACAUGAAGUACAACUAAUAUUCAGAACACUGGUUCAGCUUGGGACCGGAGACAACAAAGAUGGCACACAACAAGGGGUCGUCCCUGUCCAAUGCCCGUGGUCGUGACAUUUAUGUUGGAAGUCAAAUCAGGGAUUCCAUUUCCCUUCUGGAUGUUUUGUACUCAAAUGAAUUUGAAGAAGAGGACAUAGACUCAGCAGUAGCGAAAAAGGCAGAGGUAGAUUUUUACAGAGGAGCCCCACCUCAAUGGCUUAACUUCUGCUGGGCUGAAAAGGCAACAUCAGCUGAUGAAACUACCCCCUUUAUCAAAAGAGACGGGUACACGGAGCUGAUACAAAAUAUUAAGAAACGGCAUAAGGGCGACCUGACUUCUACCAUGAAUCUGCUGCAUCAGCCAGGCAGCGGAGGAACCACUCUGGCCAAGCAGGUGCUCUGGGAUAUGAGGAAAACAUUCAGAUGUGCUGUUCUAACAGGUGCUACCUCAGACAUCACAGCUAUCGCCAAGCAGGUGAUUCACCUUUUCACUGCAGGCAGCCAAGGCCAGCAGAACACUGUGCUCUUACUGCUGAAUAAUGUGUGUAUUCAGAAGGAUCUGCAGGAUGCCAUCAUCAAAGAGAUUACAAACCGAGACAUUACAACCCACAUGCCUGUGGUCAUCAUUUUAAACUGUGUGCGUAAGGAAGUUAUCAAACAAGAGGACCAUAACAAAUCAAGACAUGUUAUUCUCAGGGCGGAACUUUCUGAAGCAGAGAAACAACAGUUUGAGGAGAAACAGAUUGAGAUCAGUCGAAGCUACAGCAAUGAACACAAACAGUUUCAUGGCUUUAACAUAAUGCGAGAAAAUUUCAGUGGAGAUUAUGUUAAAGAAACAUGUGUCUUUUUAGAUGUCAGGAAAAAAAGAAGACCUAAAAAAUACCAGCUUCUUGCAUUCUUAUCACUGGUGAAUGCCUACGUCCCUGGAUCCCACCUUCUGCAGUCUCAAUGUCAGGCAUUCCUGGGGCCUCCAGAUCCCAUUUAUGGAGGCCCUUCCUUUGAGCAGCGAAUGGAGCCUUUCAGUCAUCUGAUAGUGACAUUCCCUUCACAACAGGGACAAGACAAACAUGUCCGCAUGGCUCACCCACUGAUUGCACAGCAGUGUGUUGAGUUACUGGCUACAGCAGGUGUGACCAGGGGUGAUACAGCAAUUAACUUUCUGACAGACUUUUGUAGAGAAGAGGUGCAGCAACAUUUGAUGUCCGUCAUCAAAGACAUGCUAACUAAGAGGGAAAUCACUGUGGAUGUUAAGCAGAAUGCAGAAUGGAAACGAGACAUGUUAACGAAAGGGGAAAUGAGAGAAGAAAGGAAAGGCAAGUUUUCCAGGUUGAUUCAAGAUAUUGAAGAUACUGAAGGCAAAGAAUCCAAAAGCAAGUGUGUAUCUGUUUUACAACUGGCUUCAAAGAAAUUCAAGCAAAACCCAUUCUUUCCUCAAGCUCUUGCUCGUUUCUUUUACAUUGUGAAGACAGACUAUUCUAAAGCAGAGAAGUGGGCAAAAAUAGCAAAAGACAGAGAUCCCAACAAUUCAUUUGUUGCUGACACACUGGGGCACGUAUACAAGAACCAUUUGAUGAACAGGAUGAAUGUAGAGCAGGGUUCCUUCAGGGUUCCCAAACAGCCGGGUUCCAUCUCUGCACAAGAAAUUUUGCAACUAUCAACAAUGGCCUUUGAGGCUUUCAAAGAUGAGGAAAGGGCUGCUGAAAAUGAGCAGGGAGCAGACAUACAAUACGAUGGUAUUAACAAAGUCUCACACAUCUUUAACAACAGGGGACUAUUUGGUUAUCUACAGGUUGCCAACAUUGUUUUUGACUCGCUUGUCUCUCUUGAUAAAAACUGGCAAAAGAUCCUUACCAUGGAAAUAUCUGCUGACUCCUUUUUCAUAUCAAUCAGACAGAAAAAGCUCUUCAAGUACAAGCCACUCAUCAUCAGCCUCAGGGAUGAGGUGGAGAGGAAAUGUGAGUUUUUUGAUGGUUACCUGACGUACUCCAAGCCCAACAUUAAAGAAAAUGAACCGCAUUACUUUCAGACUGAUGUCAAGAACUGCUACCGCAAAUACGUGGGGACAUGUACACCUAUACACUCAGAGUCUGCAAUAAGUGUACCCCUCCAGAAGCUCAAAGAAGAAAUGGCCGUUACUUUCCCUGGACUGCUUUGCUGUCUUAAUAAGGGCUAUGAUGAAUCUAACUUACGCCGAAUAACAAAAUUGUGGGGGAAAAUAAAAAAUAAAAAAAACAAGAAAGAUGGUGACAACAAAGCGUCCCAAAACUUCAUCCUUGCCAAUAUCAUAUUAAGCAAAGUUGAAGCAGCAUCUCCAAUGCUUACCCCGUUGUCAAGCCUAAGAAGCAGUCUGGAGAGACAUCUAGUGGCUAAUCUCAGGAACCAAACCCCAGAGUUUUACUUCUUAGUCCUUCUGCUGUUUUGGCCUGAGGAGCAAAAGAAAAUGGAUUUCAAUAUUGACCUCAACAAAUGUGUUCUGGAGAUGCAAGACUCCUACAAAAACACAUACAAAAAGCAUCUUCGCUCAAGGUACCUUCUCCCCCUUAUUUUCCUGGGUAAGGGUGAGGGUUUGAGCAGACUGGUUCAUAGAGCAAAAAUAGACAACCUAUUGAUAGAGGAGAAUCAAAUGACAAGGCCAGAGGCAAGGCCAGACACUAUAGAUCAAAAGUGGAGCAGUGGUGAGGUGUGGAGAGAACCCAGUGUCCAGGACCUUCUUCUUCCAGUCAAUGGAGUGGUUAGACAGCACAGCGUGUUUGCGUGCGUUGAUGGCAAGGAGAUUGAAGUUUGUGCCGACCAACAAAGCAAAGUUUGGAAGUCUGGAGAGGUCUGCUUCUACCUUGGCUUCACCAUUAGAGGUCCUGUGGCCUACGACAUCAACUACCCAUCCAAUUCAGAUAGGAUUAAAGAGGAGGAGCCUCGUAAAAUGUUGGAAGUACCGGACAUCGAAUUGAUCAAAGACCGGGCCUGUGAGAAGUUGAACAACGUGCCAAUGUCAUGACCUCAGGCCAGCACUUUGAGGACUUCACCGGACAGAACUGAUCAAGAUAAACUCAUCACUGACAAGAGCUAAAGUUCAGUACUGCCUGAACGCACCACACAGGACCAGAUGGGGGAGCUCUCCACAGGACUGAGGGCAAGUGGCAUCAGAGCAAAAUAUAUUUUCUAUGAAAUCCUGAAGGAGCUGGAUCCAUUGCUAAUCAAAGACCUGAAGGGUGAAUGAAGAGCUGGAAUGGUGAAUUGGGGACAUUUAAAGUUUGUUUUAGGGGAAAAGGGUAUAAAUGACGGCAGCUCCGCUUUGUUUUAUUACUUUGUGUUUACAAUAAAACACAACCUAAGAGAGGUAUAGCCUCAUUCUUUUAUCAUUCUUAUUUUUCUACAUGUAAAUAUUAGUAGCCAGCAGAACAGCAACCAGCAACCUAGUGUUUUAGCCUUGAGGCUUUGCCAAAGAUAUAACAUUUUGAGCGAGCUUGGGGGUCUGGUAAAAGUUGGGUUGGAAGAUAAAUGCUCAACCAUCUCACCUAGAUACUCUGGAUCAUUUACAGACAAGAAAAUAUAUAAAGAAAAUAUAUAAUGAAAAUACAAAAGUAUACUGUGUAAAGAAUCGAUGAUAAAAAAAACACUUCAAUUAUUUUGGCUACUAAAUGAUUGACAAGUCAGUGAGGGUAAGGAAUACCAGCGAUCUAAAUACAUGUAUGAUAUGACUUUGUAAAGCUUUAUGUACAAGCCUAAUACAACUUUUUAAACAGUAAUGAUAUGUGAGAAUUUUUGUGACAUUUUCACAACACAGGUUUUAGAAUAUGUAUUGAAAUAAAUACCUACGUACAGA